AUGGAUUACCAGGCUCCUGCUGCUGGCGCCGGUGGCCGCGGUUGCUACAACUGCGGAGACUCGUCUCACCGCGCUGCUGAGUGCCCCACCAAGGGUACCCCUACCUGCUACAACUGCGGCGAGAAGGGUCACGUCAGCCGCGAGUGCUCUUCCCCCCAGGCCGAGAAGACCUGCUACCGCUGCGGUGGCACCGGCCACAUCAGCCGUGAGUGCACCAAGGAUGGAGGUGCCGGUAUGGGCGGCGGUGCUGGUGGCCAGGAGUGCUACAAGUGCGGCCAGCGGGGUCACAUUGCCCGCAACUGCUCCCAAGGUGGUGGCCGUGGAGGCUUCGGUGGCGGUGACCGUGGCGGUUACGGAGGCGUUCGCCAGACCACUUGCUACUCAUGCGGUGGUUUCGGUCACAUGAGCCGUGACUGCACCCAGGGCCAGAAGUGCUACAACUGCGGUGAGGUCGGUCAUCUCUCCCGCGACUGCCCCCAGGAGUCCACCUCGGAGCGCGUCUGCUACCGCUGCAAGCAGCCCGGCCACGUCCAGAGCGCUUGCCCCAACUAG